UACCCAUCUACCACACUAGUUGAUUUGGCCUAAAAGAAAAAGAGACUAUUGCCACUGAGGUGUCAUUCUUCUCAGGAGGUCUAGCUGUGUUGGGUUCAAUGGUAAUCAAGGUGCUAGCCUCACAAUGAAAGCUGCCUUAGGGAUUCUCAAGUGGAGCCAAAAUGAACUUUGAAAGUUUGCUUUGUUUUGCUUGUCACAAGCAUUUGUAACAUAAAACUGACUGUUGCGGGGACAACCAUAUGCACGAACAAACUUGGAUGUGUUGGGUUGUAGACAAGGGGAAGCGGAGGAGAUGAAAGCAGACAACUAUCUGGUUCUCCUAGUAUAUUGACUUUUGGAGGGAAAAAGAGGACAUAGAGUAAAUAUUUUCUUUCACUUGGGAAGUUCCAGGCUUCCAGGACAUUUCGUGGUUGAGUGAUCAGUCAUCUGAUUGUACUAUUUCCAGCGUCUGGCAACUCUGUACCCCGAAAUUGUCUAAGCAGUCCAAAGAAAAGUGUGGAGGAGCAGUUGGACUUGAAAAGAAGCCUUUGAUGAUUUCCAGAUUGGUGAAAGCGAAAUCGGUAAUCUUUAAGGGCCCUUUGAUCGAUUGAUUCUAAUUUGGAUAAGAAUUUUUAAUCUAUUCUCCAGAUGGUAGAAUCUUCUAUAUAUAGAGGAUUUUAGCAUAACUUGGGUGGAUAAAAGGAAGAUAGCCUUGUACUGAAAUGCUGAGGAGGGUAAAAGAAGGUUGCACUGUUUCGAUAUUGAAUUACCAUCAGAAGCGUACUCUUGUGAAUGUAAAGCUAAAAUGGGUUAAAGAUAGAGUCUUGGAUGGUGUAGUAGCUGGAAGUAGAGAACUAAAGGCGGGAUCUACACUAGUUUCGAUCAUUGCAAAAAAUUCCAGUUCUGGUCUUCCUAUUUACCAUCUCCAAACCAAGCGUGGGCAGCUUGGGCUCCCUCAUGACCUGAAAGUCUCCACUUUCCUUAGGCGAUACCCAAAUAUUUUUGAGGAAUUUUCUUGUCCUGAUAGUGCUGGCACUCCUGUUCCGUGGUUCAAAUUAACUCCCGAGGCCUUAGAGUUUCAUCAUGAAGAAGUUAAUAUUCUCCGCCAGUGCAGCACGGAUAUUAUUAAUAGGUUGAGAAAGCUUUUGAUGAUGACCAACAAGACGAUGCUUCCUCUUCAGACAGUUGAUCAGCUAAAAUGGGAUUUAGGCUUGCCACAUGAUUGUGGCAGUUCAUUGAUAAUAAAAUAUCCUGAGCUGUUUAAGUUGGUGGACCUUCCUGAUGGUCGUGCUGGUCUGAAGCUUUUAGCAUGGGAUAACAAAUUAGCUGUUUCCCAUUUGGAGGCAAAUUCUGCAAAGGAUAACGGAACCUUGAUGUUUCCUAUUGGAUUCACCCGGGGUUUCGGGUUAAAGAGAAAAUGCAUGGAAUGGUUGGAUGAAUGGCAAAAGCUGCCUUAUACUUCUCCUUAUGUAGAUGCCUCUCAUUUGGACCCAAGGACAGAUGUGUCAGAGAAGAGGAUAGUUGGAGUGUUUCAUGAGCUUUUGCAUCUCACCUUACAAAAGAAAACAGAGAGGCAAAAUGUUAGCAAUCUUCGUAAGCCAUUGCAAUUUCCUCAGAAGUUCACAAAGGUCUUUGAGCGGCAUCCGGGGAUUUUUUACCUUUCUAUGAAGGGUGACACACAGACUAUCGUCCUUAGAGAGGCUUAUGAUCGCAAUAAACUGAUUGAGAAGCAUCCCGUUGUUCAUAUAAGGGAGAAAUUUGCGAACAUGAUGAAACAAGGUUUUCUAGAUCGUAGUAGAGGGUUAUAUAAAGACACUAACCAAGGUCCAGAAGAGGAGUACUCUGAUAUAGACUCAGAUUCUGGUAUGCUUUUAGAACAUGAAGCAAAUUAGAUAAAGGUCGUCCUUCAAGAAUUUAAUGUUAAAGUUACAAGCUGAGAGGUGAUUGGAUGUAUCAUGGUUCUUAGAGGCAUGUGGAAGUAGAUUGGAUAUGCUUAUAAUAUACGAAUAAGAUUAGAUAGAGGUCCUUUAAGAGGUACUAUUAAAGUUAGAAGCUGAGAGGUGAUUGGCUGUACCUUUGAGAUUUUCAUUUCUCAUAUGUUGAGGAAGUUCUCCCCAAUCUUUGCUUGUGAUCGGGUCCUUAUCUUAGUUAUUCAGAACAAAUCAAAGAAGACAGCCAUUUUAGAUCAAGAAGAGAGGGAAUUAACAAAUGCAAUUGAAAGAUGAGGUGAGCGUGUGAAUUUACUCCCUUCAUGAAUUACUCUCAAUGAUUAUUAUUUGAUGGUCUUCUGUUCUCUAAGAAGUAUUCAGCUGGAACUGUUGCAGCAACUGACUUGGUGGUGUCACCUAAAUGUGAUGGGGAGUAGAGGAGCAAGAAGAAGAUGAGCACAUUUCAAGAGACACCAUUUCUUUUUGGUACUUAUUUCUCGAGUAACUUGAGAGCGUGGAGUCAGUUUUGAUGAAUAGAAACACCAUCUUUGGUUUCAGCUAUCUGUAUAGAGUUAUUUGGUUUUUAUAUCUGGGCUAGCUUUUCGAGAUGCUUAAG